AUGAGAACUAAAUCUGUGAUGGGACUCUUGACCGAAGAGGUUGAUUUACUUUUGCCCCAUUGUGGUCUGCUGCUCUGUAUGUGUGGGGUGCAGAUGUCCAGACCAUCCUGUAACAACAUGAUCUUCAGGAUGCUUUUUACAACACUCAUCAUUAUUCACAUCGCCUGUACAACAGUCUCUCCAGCAAAAACAAUUUCAUUGCAACAAACUCCCUUGCUUGUAGCAGUGAGCGAAAGCGCAGAGAUAUUCUGCAACUACACAGCCAAGAAAGAGUUAAAGGCAUUCAACAUCCAGCUGCUGAAAGGAGUGGAGGAGAGACACAGUGUCUGCUCAUCUUUCUGGAAUGGGACCUGGCAUCCUGCAGAAAACAAAGUGGGAUUUAACUGCCAUGUGAACUUCACCAAAAAUGAAAAUAGAAUAAGAUUCUACCUCCAGAACCUACACGUCAACCAGACGGACAUUUAUGUCUGCCAGAUUGAGACUGUACGCCCACCACCACAUGAAGCUAGUGAAAGCUUUAAUGGGACUUUAAUUCAUGUGAAAGGUGUGCCUGAAGCCCCCAAAUGUCAGUGCCACCAACAUAGACUGGAAUACAUGCUGAUGAUAACAGUGAUUGGAAUCUUCAUUUUCUAUGGUGUAGUAGUGACAGCAGCUUGUUACUAUUGCUGGCGGAAAGCGAAGAAGAAUAAGGUUGUUCGGAAUGAUUAUUUCAACAUGACACCUUGGCAGUCUAAUGGUGCAAAGAAGAGGCAACCUCAGCUGAGUGUCCCAGUAAGGAACUACACCGCAUAUCGAUCAUGGGAGCCAUGAUGCAUGAUGCACAUGACCUUUCCCUGCAGUUGAGAUUCUACCGUUUGCUGUAUGGGGCUGUUGGACCAUAUCGGGUGACAGAUAUCAACAAAAGAAAAAGGAUACACAAAGAAUAAGUUUCAUAUUGAUGAUAGGAAAGAAGAAAAUCUGAAAACAGAUUGUAAAUAAUCAUGUAAGCCUGUCAUUUGUUUGAUGCAAUGAUUCCAUCUGCAUUUUAGAUCUCUCAUGACUUCUUUUGUCUCAACAGCAGAUGUUUAAAUUGUACCCAGACUCUGGUAAAUCUACCACCCAAAGUUCAGAGGUAAAAAUCUGUAUUUUUAAAUGCCGAUGGGGAAAUGUGGAAUUUAGAGUUCAACACAUGUGUGGAACAGAUCACAAACAUCCUGCUUAGCUGGCCCUAUGACGAACCCCUUGUAUUGUAAAUAAAAUGUGUGAUUAGCAUGAUAUAGCUUUGCCAUGUAAUUCUGUAGAAAGUACAAUUUUCUCUAUCUUGGUGAAUGAAUUCCACACUGGUAAGACAAUCAAUCUGUAAGUCUUUCUGGAAGAGCCUUAAAGUAAGGGUGGAAUGUACAUCCAUAUGCAAACACUCUUGAGAUUUACAUACUUUCAUCAAAGUUUGGAUAAAAGUUAUAG